AUGGGCCAUCUAUCUUCAUUACUGAAAAAGAACUGGAUCCUCUGGAAGAGGAACUUUUUCUGUUCUACUUGUGAAAUUAUUUUACCAUUACUGCUAAUAGUAGCAUUGGGAGGAAUAAGACGCAUUAUACAUAAGACAAAUAUUGAUGAAACUGGGUUUUUACAGCCUAAAUUAGACUGGCUAUCAUCAGAUCCUAAUGUACCAGUGAUGUUAUCUCCUUUUAUCGAUGAAAGAUAAAUAGAAAAUAAUAUUAUGGCCAUAGAUAAGUGGAAUCCAAGGUUGAAUCUCGUUGAAAAUCUUAAGAGUUUGGAUACUGAAACGAGAUUAUCAGUAUUGCCUAAAAUGAAAAAUUGCAUAGACAACUAUAAUUAUGACGAGGAUAGCUAUUGGUUGAACGGACAUGUGGUGCUUGGGCCAAGCCAAGAUCAUAAGAUUGUAAAGGAACUGAAGUAUAUUUUUGAAACCUAUUAUGAUUACAAAACUUUAAUCUUUAAGAACAAUGAUGAUCUUGAUACUUACACUUCAGAUUCAGAUUAUGGAAAAGGGGGAGUUCCUAGUGUAUGUUUUGCUGUGAUGUUUAAUGAAACAGUCGGGAAUAAUAUCUAUGACUAUCAAUUGAGAUUCAAUACUAGUGGAUUAUUUGAUUAUGAAAUCCCUCCAACAAAUGAAAUUGAUGUGGAUCCAGUUAAAUAUCAAGAUUAUGACAAAGCGAAUGCUUAUUGGAAAUCUGGUAUGCUAACAGUGUAGACUUUUGUGGAUAACGUUAUUUUGAGGAUCGAAACUAACAGUUAAGUUUCAAUAACUCCAAAAUUCUCCUAUGUGCAUCAAUAGGAUGGAGUUAAGGAUGAUUUUGCAGAGUUUUUAAGAGGGUAAUUCGGUGUAUAUUUGAUAUUGCCUCUGAUAAUCAUAUAUUUGAGAAUGACCUAUGCGAUGAUCUAUGAAAAGGAGAAAAAGCUAAGGGAAGGUAUGAAGAUGAUGGGGUUGAACAACACUUCAUUCUAUUUAUCAUGGAUUAUCCAGUAUCUCAUAAUCUAUACAAUCAUAUCAAUUCUUGCUACAAUACUGUUAUCGGGCAUUGUAUUUACUCAUACUGAUGGGUUUGUGUUGUUCUUGAAUUAUUGGCUAUUUUGCAUAGUCUUGAUAUUCUAAUCUAUGUUCAUAAGUGUGUUUUUUACAAGAGCAUUGUUCGGAUUGAUCGUAGCAAUCGUUUGGUACUUGUUGAUGUACAUGGUGAUCAGUUUAGUUGGCAGUGGAGAGUAGAUAGUUCCUGAAUCAACCUAUUGGGGAGCCUCAAUAUCUUCUCAUGCAGGAAUGUCCUUUGCUUUUGAUGUUAUGGUAUUGUUUGAAGCUCAAGGGAGAGGUGUUUCGAUGUCAUCUAUAUCUACCAAAGUUGACAACUAUGCAGUUAAUAUUGCUUUGAUAAUGCAUCUCUUGAACAUAUUCUUCUACUUGAUAUUGUCAAUUUAUUUGGAUCUUGUAUUUCCAAAUGAAUGGGGUAAGAAAUUACAUCCGUUAUUUUGCAUUCCCUAUUUUAAUAGAUCAAACAAUAGUGGAUAGUCUAAACAACUGAGGAAGAAGUCAUCCCAAGUCCAUCAAGAAAGAUAUGAGGAAGUCGAGUAGGCUUUGAAAGACUAGGAAAGUAGGUCAGAAGUACUUAAAAUCUCUAAUCUUUCUAAAAUUUAUCCAAGUGGAAAACAAGCAGUGAGUAAUGUGAGUCUGACAAUGUAUGUCGGCUAAAUUUAUGCCUUAUUGGGACACAAUGGUGCAGGUAAGACCACAACCAUUUCUAUGCUGACCGGUCUCUUAGAUAUGACUUCAGGAGAAGCAACAGCAUUUGGAUAUGAUAUUGAAACUUAAAUUGAAGAAAUUAGAUAAUUCAUGGGAGUGUGUCCAUAACAUGAUAUUUUAUUUGAUAAUUUGACAGUCAAAGAACAUUUGGAAAUGUUUGCUACUUUUAAAAGGAAUGAAUCCAAAACGAUAUUCCUGCAGCUGUUAGAAGAAUGA